UCGCAAGAAAUGUGAGAAAUUUGUCGAUGUUUACAUCGAAUCAUAAAAUAAGUCAACGCGUUUUUAAUAUCGCUGAACAGUUGGAUUUUGCUUACUUAAUGCGAUGAUAUUUUCGUGAAGUGACAAAAGUAUUCGGUCACAACGUUGUGUUGUUAAUGAACUGGAGAAAAUUCACAAAAUCCUGAUUUUUGAAAUCGAAAGUAGACUUAUAAAUUGACGCCUGUGCCGCCCCCGGUCUCAUAGACGUCUUCGAAAGUCAGUUUCUUGUUGGUUAUUUUUUUUGGAACUUAGGUUUUCUUAGGUGUAAAUAGAAAAAUCAGUUCCGAAAAAAAAACUUUCGGCAUGUUACGCUAUUUUUGGUUUGAAUAUCUCUCAUCAUAUCGAUGCUUAAGCCCAUGGCUAUCUCGAAAGGACGACAAAGGCAUAUGGUGGAAAGAAGCCGUCUCCGAAUAUGUUUGGCAAAUAUCUUACCAUCUCAAAAUUUGAAGCAACACCCAUCUCUACCUCUUCUGGCUCAUGACAUAACAUCAUAUUAAAUUCAAAUCGAGCAUCUGAGCACAACCAACAUUCCAAGAUGGCAACACGCGAAAUUGACGUCAUCAAAAAGUUGCCGGGCUAUCGUGCUAUACUGAAGGCCGUCCUAAAGUCUCAGAUUCAGCAACUGAUUGAACAACUUGCAAGCUCCACCAAUGAGGAGUCAAUCAUCCUAACAGCCAGCGUGGCUGAUGGAACCCUGAGUCAUCUCGGCUCAGACUCGGCCAAAGGCUUCCUGGAAGAUCAUGAAGACUUCAAGUCCCAGUUCCUCGGCUACUGUUUACAAAGCCUCCACAAGAAAAAGCAAGAGCAGAAACAAAGGGAUAGGGAGGAGGAAAUGCGGAAGGCACAAGUGGCCGCAGCCGGUACCUUAGCAUCGCAGCAACAACUAGCUCAAUCCAUUCAGUCCAUGGGUAACAUGGAUUACAUGCCCCCCAGGGGAUCAAUGCCUCGCUUCCAGGCCACAUCCCGAUCACCGCGGCAACAGUUUCGGCCCCCAGGGGGAGGAUUGCAACAUCAGCCAUAUCCAGUGACCCGCCCAAUCCGAGCAGCAGCCUCUCCAGUCAGAUCUCCACUGAAGUCACCCGCCAAGCUUGAUGGCCAGACGAUCAACCUAGAGCCGGACGACGAAACCUCGAACCAAAGUGCAACUAGUCAGCCAUCUUCACCAUCCUCUCAUCAGAACAUAAAAUCUGAACCGGGAACCGACGACGCAAGCGCUGAAUCAUCCUCAUCACACAACGAGCAGAAGCAAAAAGGACUUAGCUUAGGUGCAGACUUGUCUAGUUUAGUGUCAGGCUAUAACAGUGAACAUGGUCCGGACGUCAGUGUUAAACUCGAAGCAAUAUCUGAAGCGGAAAUGGACUUUGAAAUCACUGGUGUAGAGCCUGGAAAACCUAUGCAAUCACAGGACUGGGGCGCUAAUGGUGCUACUGGUGCUACUGGUUCCCAGGCAGACAUGACAGGGCAGCAGGGAAACAACUGGCAUGUUUGUGAUCACUGCCAGAAGGCGUUCAAGUGCAUAUCUAAACUUGCUCGCCAUGUUCUAAUACACCAGGUAGAAACAUCGUUUGAAUGCAGUAUUUGUCACACAAGGUUUACACAUGCAAGUGCCCUGAAGAAACACAGCCUAGUUCAUAUGGACACCAAGGGUAUGCAGGACACUCAUCUGCAACAGAGAAGGAAUACCACUCCUCAAGAGAGGGUUGUCUGUGAUCAUUGUCAGAAGGGGUUCAAAUGUUAUUCGCAUCUGGCUCGCCAUCUUCUAACACACAUGGGCGAAAAGCCAUUCGAAUGUAGUGUUUUUGAUAAAAAAAAAUAAGAAGAAUGGUCACCUUAAGGAUCACAUGUUGGUCCACACAGGGGAAAAGCCAUUUGAAUGCAGUGUUUGUCAAAAACAAUUUAAUCGGACAGGUCACCUUAAGGAUCACAUGUUGGUCCACACAGGGGAAAAGCCAUUUGAAUGCAGUGUUUGUGAUGAACAAUUUAGGCAGAAAAGUCAUCUUAAGCAUCACAUGUUUGUUCACACAGGGGGAAAGCUGUUUGAAUGCAGUGUUUGUCACAAACAAUUUAAUCGGAAAGAUGGUCUUAAGCGUCACACAGAGUUGGUCCACAAAAGGAAAAGGCCAUUCAAAUGCAGUGUUUGUCACAAACAAUUUAUUUUGAAAAGAACUCUUAGGCUUCAUAUGUCGGUGCACGCAGGGGAAAGGCCAUUUAAAUGCAGUGUUUGUGAUAAACAAUUUAAACAGAAAGGUCACCUUAAGGAUCACAUGUUGGUCCACACAGGGGAAAAGCCAUUUAAAUGCAGUGUUUGUCCAAAACAAUUUAAUCGGAAAGGUCACCUUAAGGGUCACAUGUUGGUCCAUACAGGGGAAAAGCCAUUUAAAUGCAGUGUUUGUCCAAAACUAUUUAAUCGGAAAGAUCACCUUAAAGAUCACAUGUUGGUCCACACAGGGGAAAAGCCAUUUAAAUGCAGUGUUUGUCCAAAACAAUUUAAUAGGAAAGGUCACCUUAAGGAUCACAUGUUGGUCCACACAGGGGAAAAGCCGUUUGAAUGCAGUGUUUGUCACAAACAA